CCAUUCAACAGCUAACGAUGACUCCGGAGUGGGAUAUAAACGAUGCACAUAUACCAUUUGUUCAGGACAUUUCCUAUGAUAAAUUCAACGAUUGGGCAGAUGGUCACUGUCGUUAUAUCUACCUUCCAACGGAUGAGCAAGCUCGAAAGCACAUUUCUGGCUGGGCUAUGCGAAACACCAAUAAUCACAAUGUAAGCAUCCUGAAGAAAAGCUGCCUAGGCGUACUAAUAUGUUCGGCACGUUGUUGCCUACCGAAUGGUAGCCAAAUACAUCUACGACCGGCGAUAUGUGAUAAAGCCCGCAGAAAACAGCAGGGAAGAGCUUGUCCCAAUCGAAGCUGUAAGAAUGGGCGCCUGGAAGUAUUACCAUGCCGAGGACACUGUGGAUACCCCGUUACACACUACUGGCGACAUACGGAUAAAGCCAUAUUUUUUCAAGCCAAAGGAAGUCACGAUCACCCAAAGCCGGAAUCCAAAACAUCGGGCGAAACGAGAAAACUGGUAGGUGUUUCGUCGAAAACCAAAGCCAAAAAGCUGUCUGUGCUGCUACUGAGAGAUGCAGCGCUAGGAAAUAAACUUAUGUCAUUAAAAAAUACAUCGAAGACAACCAGUAAUGUGGCUGGGGACAUUCUGCAGCCCCCACCAUUGAUACCGGACUCAAAUAUUGAGAAACAAAAAUGCCAAACUUGUUGUAAGUUGCAGUGUUCGUGCAAAAGUGCAAAUUCUCUUUGUACAUUCGCCAUCAAAACCAGUGAAAUGCUUCCGCUAAGUAGUGGAUUGCCCGAUAAUGCUUAUGGAUGUGUACAAGCUAACACGUGGUCUUGUUAUUCGAAUCCGAUCGGUAACCAAAUCUAUGACACAGUCAGCUGCCCAAGUGGCCAAAAUAUUGCGAACAAUAUUGAAAGUUUUCAACCAGACGAAAUCUUCCAGCUGGAUCAACCUCUAAGAUCAAAUCCUCAGCAAACAUCAAGUGUAAAUCCGCCACCAACAACGUUGCUGGAUCUUGGAAGCGGUGCAAUUUACAAAAAAUGUAAUCAAAUCACCCCAGACUACUUCAUGGGAGGAAAUGGCAACGUAUUCGCCGACAAUUAUAUGGGCCAUACUGGAUCGUGUUCUAGUGUUCCACAGUAUGAAAGCAAAGCGUCAAUCCAGUCGAACAUUUACUCAACCAAAUCAAUUGGCUCUUCCGUUAGUCAUAUUCCGACCAUUUCGCAGUAUUCUUUAGACAUUACAAAAUCCAUCAAAAAAGAAGCCGUAUCGAAAUCUUACGAUUGUAAUUUUGCUCAAAGGACACGAUAUGACUGUGAUAAUCAGUUGAACUUCAAAAAAACUAGCAAGAUUAUCGGCUCAGCUAAUCUUAUCAAUAAUAACAACAGUUCUGCCGUGCCGUUCGAGAGAACUGCAAAUUCGUACGGAGCAACAUGUGAUGAAGUUAACUACUGCUUCCAAAAUGAAACAAGUACUUAUCAGCAUAGCUAUAAUACCAGCUACGUGCCAACUGGGGCACUUCAUUCUGAAAUAUCCAGUUCUAACAUAAGUUACAGCUAUCCGGAGGAUUGCUAUCGCUUUCCUGGAAAUACCUACACCAAAUCUGGCACUCACGGUGCCGGAAAUGGAUCGCAUGUUCAACAGACAAAUUCGGACAUUCCAAUUGCUUCGUAUGAUUUUUACUAAAAUGUUUUAAACUACCUAUGAUUAAUUGGAUAUUAAUCAGUGUUUACGAAUGCAUAUAUCACAUUUUCCUUCGGAGACUAAAUUUCUGCGAAUUUUCAGCCAUUGGCA